UCUGAACAGGACCUCCUCAUGGGACUUCCUGAAAUGCUUGAGCUGCAGGCCAGCUAUGACGAGGUGGUGCAGGAGCUGCGUGGGCUGGAGGUCGAGCGAGAGACUCUGUUGUUCCAGGUGGACGUCCUGCAGGACACUCUGGAGGGUGUAGAGGAGCUGCUGGCUGAAGCCCAGAGGGAAGCUGGAAAAGCUAGUUUGGAGCUGGAACAAGAGAGAGACGCCAGGAGGAAACUGGAGAGCCUGGUGAGCUCUCUGCUGCAGGAAGUGGAGAGAAUAAAGGAGGAAAAGAAUAACAAGCCCCCUGCUUCAGUGGACGCGACGGAUGACGCAACAAGAGGAGAGGCGAUGAAUCAUGUUGCCUCGGCGGUGAUUAAAGGUGCAGACAGAGAAGAAAAGGACUCCUCGCCGUGUGGAAACAACAGCAAAGAGCAGGAAGUGUCAGCCAGAGGAGGACCAGAUGAAGAAGGCAUCCUGACGAAGCUGCGGAGGAUGGUCAAUCAGCCGUUGAUCCCGUCUCUUGCUCUGGAUAACCCGGUCUCCACCGAUGGAGUCCUGCGGAGACCGUACAAAACCGAUGCGGAGGAGGGCCGCGAUCUUUCCCCGGACAGAAACGACUCGGACAAAAGUGCCUACGAGGACGCCUCCGCUGAGACUCCAGAGCAGGAGAAGAUGUUUCCAGGCGACGGAGAGCUGCCUCACGAUUCAGACAGCAAAGAGAACGGAGAGGCUAACAGCGAGAGCCAGGAGUCCAGGAACCCCGAGGGCUGCGUUUUGUCUUAAUUCUCACAGGUUGGCAAAGUUUGUCAGCAAUCUGGUACAGAUUAGAGCUUUUGACUUUAUUUUCAGUUGCCAUUUCAAAUAAAAUUUUGUUUUAGUCACUUUAAGGUAAAUUGCCAAACAUUUGUUAGUUUCAGCUUUUCACAGGUGUUUGCUUCCAUAAGAUAUAUUUCUAGAUCUGCUCUGAAAUCAUUUUAAAUACAGCUUUUUGUAAGUAAUGAUUAUUAUUUAGGGGAUUUCAUGGAUGUUUUUAUAACCAAAAUAAUAGGAAAAAUUCCCAACAAAGAAGCUCAGGUUUGAUUUUUAUUAAAUUUUAUACAUUACUUUUUGUUUGGGGCAAGCAUCGAAUUUUAUUUUUAUUUUAUUUUUUUAGUUUGUAAUAACUUUAAUUUUACAUUUUUACACAGGGACAAAGGAGGGAAAUUACAUCUCAGUUUUGGUUUGAUCCAAAUCAAGAUUCAUCUGUAUCCAAAAUCCAUUGAGCUCUGUARGAAAACAGAAAAGGGAUUUGGUGUCCACAUUUUUGUUUCACUCCAAAACACAGAUUUGUUUACCUGAAAUCAGGUUUGUGUCGUAUUUGACACGAUGACUGGGGUUCGUCUCUUUUCUCCACAUAUCUAAACCUGUUCAUACACUUCAUUUGACUUGUUUUGCUCAGAUGUUUUGAGGAAAUUUAAGUGUUUGCACUUUUUAAGGCUCUAACAUGUUUAUCAGAUUACAGAAGCAACAUUCCUUCAACCAGCUGUGUCACUGAGAAACAGUCAGCUGCAUGUUCGGCUGUGUGUUUGCACAUUUUUUAUGUCUUCACGUGGAAUUUGUCACUUUGGGUGUCUGCUGUAAACAUUUUGUAUUUUUUUUUUCACACUUUUCCUUCUGCACUGAAAGCAGCUGGAAAGCCUUUCACCUCGGUUGUGAUUCUUUGCAUGAUCACAUUGUUUUAUAAACUUUAAAAAAAGGUUGAUUUGUGUCAUAUAUUUGUAAUUUUGCACGCAGUACUUUCACGUAUUUAAUCCAACCUAUAUGUCAUUUAUUGCAAAACCGAUGCCUUUAAAUGGGGAAUUCUUUUUUAUCAUUUUUUAUUUCCCUGUUUUUUGUUUUAGUUUUUGUCACAAGCACUUCAAACAUUUCUAAAACAUUAACUGCUUCUAUUAGAAAUGAUUACCAUAAUUAUAUAGAAACUUGAAUGUCUGUAGAACGUCUGCAGCUGCUUUUAUUGUGUUUUGAAGCAGCUUGAGAAAAAGUUUUGCCUUUAUCACACAUUCCUGUUUCACCUACUGCUGGUUCCCGUGCUAAUACUUGACUGUUUAUUGUGUUUGCUGMCAAAAUAUCACCAUCGGCUCGGAUGCCUUGUUGUUUUUCCUCUAGAAAAACAAGCGUAGUGUCGUCUGGGGUCGGUGUUUAAACAAUCUUCUUGUGUCAUAAAUCAUAAAACAUGUCUCUGUUGGAUGUCAAUCAGGUCAAAAAGGAUUUUGUUUAUCCUGUAAAAAACCCUUUAAAAUGUUACAAGAACGGUCAGCAGUUGGUUUUUAAAUGUAUCACCUGAUCAGGUGGGUAGUUUUUUUUUUUUUUUUGAAAACUCUUAAAACGAUACAUUUUUUUUAUUCGAUUUCUUUUGUGAGUGAUCAUUUCUGUCUUUUUCUAAGCUUUGAUAUGUUUGGCUGUAAACGUUGAGGAAGACUUCUAUUGGAAUAAAAAGGGACAAAUAAA